AUGCUGGAGUGGGUGUGCCCUGCCCCGACGUCCUGCGAGGGCAGCGCCGAGAGGCGUAGCCCCAACGCGACACCUCGCCGCCCUCUGCAGGAGCUGACGCGGGCGGAGUUGGUGGAAAUUAUCGUGGAGACGGAGGCGCAGACCGGGGUCAGCGGCAUCAAUGUAGCAGGCGGCGGCAAAGAGGGAAUCUUCAUUCAGGAGCUGCGUGAGACUCACCCGCCGCCAGGAGCCUCAGCCUGCAGGAAGAACAUCCAGAGUCUGUCCCCUGUGAAGAAGAAGAUGGUGCCUGGGGCUCUGGGGGUCCCUGCUGACCUGGCCCCUGUUGACGUCGAGUUCUCCUUUCCCAAGCUCUCCCGCCUGCGUCGGGGCCUCAAAGCCGAGGCUGUCAAGGGUCCUGUCCCGGCUGCCCCUGCCCGCCGGCGCCUCCAGCUGCCUCGGCUGCGUGUGGUCGAAGAGGCUCAGGCAGCCUGGCUGGCCGCCGCCGCUCCUCCCCCCAGGAAGGCCAAGGUGGAGGCCGAGGUGGCCGCAGGAGCUCGUUUCACAGCCCCUCAGGUGGAGCUGGUUGGGCCCCGGCUGCCGGCCGAGGUGGGUGUCCCCCAGGUCUCAGCCCCCAAGGCUGCUCCCUCAGCAGAGGCAGCUGGUGGCUUUGCCCUCCACCUGCCAACCCUUGGGCUCAGAGCCCCGGUUCCGCCUGCUGUGGAGGCCCCAGCCGUGGGGAUCCAGGUCCCCCAGGUGGAGCUGCCUGCCUUGCCCUCACUACCCACUCUGCCCACACUUCCCUGCCUAGAGACCCGGGAAGGGGCUGUGUCGGUAGUGGUGCCCACCCUGGAUGUGGCAGCACCGACUGUGGGGGUGGACCUGGCCUUGCCGGGUGCGGAGGUGGAGGCCCAGGGAGAGGCACCUGAGGUGGCCCUGAAGAUGCCCCGCCUUAGUUUCCCCUGACUUGGGGCUCAAGCAAAGGAAGUUGCUGAGGCCAAGGUAGCCAAGGUCAGCCCUGAGGCCAGGGUGAAAGGUCCCAGACUUCGAAUGCCCACCUUUGGGCUUUCCCUCUUGGAGCCCCGGCCUGCUGCUCCUGAAGUUGUAGAGAGCAAGCUGAAGCUGCCCACCAUCAAGAUGCCCUCCCUUGGCAUCGGAGUGUCAGGACCCGAGGUCAAGGUGCCCAAGGGACCUGAAGUGAAGCUCCCCAAGGCUCCUGAGGUCAAGCUUCCAAAAGUGCCCGAGGCAGCCCUUCCAGAGGUUGGAUUUCCAGAGGUGGAGCUCCCCAAGGUGUCAGAGAUGAAACUCCCAAAGGUGCCAGAGAUGGCUGUGCCGGAGGUGCAGCUUCCAGAGGUACAGCUGCCCAAACUGUCAGAGACGAAACUCCCAAAGGUGCCAGAGAUGGCUGUGCUGGACGUGCAGCUUCCAGAGGUACAGCUGCCCAAAGUGUCAGAAAUGAAACUCCCAAAGGUGCCAGAGAUGGCUGUGCCGGAGGUGUGGCUUCCAGAGGUAUAGCUGCCCAAAGUGUCAGAGAUGAAACUCCCAGAGGUGUCAGAGGUGGCUGUGCCAGAGGUGCGGCUUCCAGAGGUGCAGCUGCCGAAAGUGCCAGAGAUGAAAGUCCCCGAGAUGAAGCUUCCAAAGGUGCCUGAGAUGAAACUCCCUGAAGUGAAACUCCCAAAGGUGCCCAAGACAGCUGUGCCCGACGUGCACCUCCCGGAAGUACAGCUCCCAAAAGCCCCAGAGAUGAAACUGCCUAAAAUGCCCGAGAUGGCUGUGCCAGAGGUUCAACUCCCCAAGGUGCAGCUGCCAAAAGUCUCGGAGAUGAAACUCCCCAAGGUGCCUGAAAUGGCCGUGCCUGAUGUACACCUCCCAGAGGUGCAGCUGCCCAAAGUCUCCGAAAUCAAAGUCCCUGACAUGAAGCUCCCAGAGAUAAAACUCCCCAAGGUGCCUGAGACGGCUGUGCCCGAUGUGCACCUGCUGAAAGUGUCAGAGAUUCGGCUGCCGGAAAUGCAAGUGCCGAAGGUUCCCGACGUGCAUCUUCCGAAGGCACCAGAGGUGAAGCUGCCCAGGGCUCCAGAGGUGCAGUUAAAGGCUGCCAGGGCAAAACAGGCAGAAGGGAUGGAAUUUGGCUUCAAGAUGCCCGAGAUGACUAUGCCCAAGCUAGGGAGGGCAGAGUCCCCAUCACGUGGCAAGCCAGGCGAGGCGGGUGCUGAGGUCUCAGGGAAGCUGGUAACCCUUCCCUGUCUGCAGCCAGAGGUGGAUGGUGAGGCUCAUGUGGGUGUCCCCUCUCUCACUCUGCCCUCAGUGGAGCUAGACCUGCCAGGAGCACUUGGCCUGCAGGGGCAGGUCCCAGCCACUAAAAUGGGCAAGGUAGAGCGGGCGGAGGGCCCUGAGGUGGCAGCAGGGGUCAGCAAAGUGGGCUUCCAAGUGCCCUCUGUUGAAAUUGUCACUCCACAGCUGCCCGCCGUGGAAAUUGAGGAAGGGCGGCUGGAGAUGAUGGAGAUGGAAGUCAAACCCUCUUCCAAGUUCUCCUUACCUAAGUUUGGACUCUCAGGGCCAAAGGUGGCUUAGGUAGAGGCUGAGGGGGCUGGGUGAGCUACCAAGCUGAAGGUAUCCAAAUUUGCCAUCUCACUCCCCAAGGCUCGGGUGGGGGCUGAGGCUGAGGCCAAAGGGGCCGGGGAGGCAGGCCUGCUGUCUGCCCUUGAUCUGUCCAUCCCACAGCUCAGCCUGGAUGCCCACCUGCCCUCAGGCAAGGUAGAGGUGGCAGGGGCCGACCUCAAGUUCAAGGGGCCCAGGUUUGCGCUGCCCAAGUUUGGGGUCAGAGGCCGGGACACUGAGGCAGCACAACUAGUGCCAGGGGUGGCUGAGUUGGAGGGCAAGGGCUGGGGCUGGGAUGGGAGGGUGAAGAUGCCCAAGCUGAAGAUGCCCUCCUUUGGGCUGGCACGAGGGAAGGAAGCAGAAGUUCAAGGUGAGCGUGCCACCCCAGGGGAAAAGGCUGAGUACACUGCUGUGCAGCUUAAGAUCCCCGAGGUGGAGCUGGUCACGCUGGGCACCCAGGAGGAAGGGAGGGCAGAGGGGGCUGUGGCCAUCAGUGGAAUGCAGCUGUCAGGCCUGAAGGUGUCCACAGCCAGGCAGGUGGUCACUGAGAGCCAUGAGGCGGGGCUGAGGAUACCUCCACUGGGCAUCUCCCUGCCACAGGUGGAGCUGACCGGCUUUGGGGAGGCAGGUACCCCAGGGCAGCAGGCUGAGAGUACAGUCCCUUCAGCAGAGGGCACAGCAGGCUACAGGGUUCAGGUGCCACAGGUGACCCUGUCUCUGCCUGGAGCCCAGGUUGCAGGUGGGGAGCUGCUGGUGGGUGAGGGUGUCUUCAACAACAUGCCCACCGUGACAGUGCCCCAGCUUGAGCUGGACGUGGGGCUAAGCCGAGAGGCACAGGCGGGCGAGGCGGCCACAGGCAAGGGUGGGCUGAGGCUGAAGUUGCCCACACUGGGGACCGGAGCUAGGGUUGGGGGCGAGGGUGCUGAGGAGCAGCCCCCAGGGGCUGAGCGUACCUUCCGCCUCUCACUGCCCGACCUGGAGCUCUCACCACCUGGGGGCAACCACGCUGAGUACCAGGUGGCAGAGGGGGAGGGAGAGGCCGGACACAAGCUCAAGGUGCGGCUGCCCCGGUUUGGCCUGGCGCAGGCCAAGGAGGGGGCCGAGGAGGGUGAGAAGGCCAAGAGCCCUAAACUCAGGCUGCCCCGAGUGGGCUUCAGCCAAAGUGAGAUGGUCACUGGGGAAGGCUCCCCCAGCCCCGAAGGGGAGAAGGAGGAAGAGGGCAGUGGGGAAGGGGCCUUGGGUCGCUGGGGCCGGGUCCGGGUCCGCUUGCCACGUGUAGGCCUGGCAGCCCCUUCUAAAGCCUCUCGGGGGCAGGAGGGCGAUGCAGCCCCCAAGUCCCCCAUCAGAGAGAAGUCACCCAAGUUCUGCUUCCCCAGGGUGUCCCUACGCCCCAGGGCCCAGAGUGGGAAUGGGGACCAGGAAGAGGGUGGAUUCCGGGUGCGGCUGCCUAGCGUGGGGUUUUCAGAGACAGCGGCUCCAGGCCCGGCCAGGAUGGAGGGGGCUCAGGCUGUGGCUGUCUGA